AUGUCAUUGCAGGCCGCCUCACGAAACCUCCGAGAAGCUCUCUCCUUAGCUCCAGAGCAUCCGGCAGUCAAGGAAGCUUUUGUUAAGAUCCAGCAGGAAGAAGAAAAUGGCCAUCACCUGCUAGACCUCUGUCGACGCUAUACCGGUGGCAAGGACGAGCCCGCGGGCAAAGACGCCGCUCUCUAUCUCCGUACCGACGGACUCAAGCCUCCCGAGGAGGUUGCAUUGGAAUGUGUCAAGCUCCUGCUGGCGCAAAGGCCCCAUGCCUUGUCGUCGCUGCAGGAUGACAUUAUCUCGGGGCUGGUUCGCCAGAACACCAGCGUGCGACGCUACUUCUCAGAGCAGCUCCAGGUGUCGGUGACCACGUUCUUCGAUGAGAUCUAUGAAAGAGGCGACGGGGCUGCCGUAUGCCUCGACACCGUUGUCUUGGACCCCACUGUAUGGCCGUCCGAAGAUGCUCGUCUACACUGUGAGCGCGAGCUUUUCUUGCUUUUCAUCGCCAAGCUCAUGGAGUCGGGCCACGACAUGGACGGUCGCUCCCUCAAAGGAAUUGCACGUUUGCUUGCCGUCGAUGCGGCGAAGCUGCAAGAAUUGGUUGACGAUGAAGGACUGGACGUGAUCUUGUCCUCUUUGGACAGCCGGCUUCCCCUCGAGUGGAGAAGUCAGGCGACCCUAGCAACCGUUAAGUACCUCGAAAUCUCCAAGCAAGUUGGCGAAGAGCGGUUCUCUCGGCUCGUAACUGCCAAGGUCGUCAAGGGUCGCAGCGAUGAUCUCAUCGAGGCAUUCUCGGCCACGGCUGCAGUCUUCCCCGUGAUACCAGAAGUCGCGGCCAACCUCUUCCUGUCGGAGAGCUAUCUGGCUGCUUUGGCGCCUUUGACCUCCAGGGACGCGAAGAGCCGCAAGGUCGAGCCCCAUUUUCUGGAAUUGUUGAAUGCUGCGUGCAUGAACACGGCCUGUCGGGAAGCCAUUUCAAAGCAUCUUUCGACCUGGCUUUCCCACCUUCUCACCAAUGGCUGCGACGAGAGCUCCGAGAUGGCGGCAGUCAUUCUGGCCAAGGUCCGUACUGCUGCUCAAGUUGGUUCUUCCGACUCCAACGGCAAAGUAGAGGAAGAAAACAGCCGGGUCACUGAGCUCGUCGAUCGCUUCAAGGACUUGAUGUCGAAGCGUAAGACUGAGAACCUGUCCAACGUGAUCGAGGGCUUGGCCUAUGCAUCGGUUAAGUCCACUGUCAAGGAACAGCUUGCCACAGACGUGGCAUUCCUACAGGAUCUCGUCAAGAUUCUGCGCGAAAACUGCACCGAUUCGUCAGUGCUUUACGGUGGUCUCAUGAUCAUUGUGAACCUCACACAAUUCCCACCCACUUUGACAGAAGAGCAGAAGAAAAUGUCCCAACUCAAGUCUUAUGCCGAGGCCUCUCCUAGCGGAGCCCGAGCCAAGCCAGACCCCCUUGAUGACGAGCAACAUGUCAUAGCACGUUGCAAUGCGCUUAUCAAGGCUGGUGUCAUGCCUCUACUGGUAGAUUGCGGCAAGACGAAUCUCUCCUCGGUGCAAGGUCUCAUGGGCAAGAUCGUCCUUGCCCUGUCAUGGGACCGAAAGUCUCGGGGAACCUUGGCACAGCAAGGUGCUGUCAAAUUCUUGCUCGUUAUGGCAGCCGCAAAGCAGGGGACCGCGGGGACAAACGCCACCGAAGCGGUACAGAAUGCGUCGCAAGCACUUGCACGAAUUUUAAUUUCCGUCAACCCGGUCCACGUGUUCCCGUCUUCUGGCUUCCCCCAGAUCACAUCCGCUAUCCGGCCUCUGACCGCGCUUCUGGUAAGCCCGGAGACGACUAGCAUGACGGCGGAGCAACCGCGGAAUCUUUUACCGGUCUUUGAGAGUCUGCUUGCUCUAACGAACCUGGCCUCUCACCCGGAUGAGACUGCUCCUGAAGCUAUCGUCCGUCAGGCCUGGCCCGUAGUAGAGGACCUCUUACUCUCCAGUAGUCCUAUGGUUCAGCGAGCUGCCUGCGAACUGAUCUGCAAUUUGAUGACUUGCGAGUCCGGUAUCGUCAAAUAUGCCGAUGGGUCGAAGCGCGCUGCGCAACGGCUGCAUGUGCUGUUGGCUCUCACCGACACGGACGAUAUGGCAACCCGGAGCGCUGCUGGUGGAGCUCUUGCGAUGCUGACCGAAUUCGAAGCAGCCAUUGCUGGUAUCCUGGAACGGCCUCGGGGUGUCCCGUUACUGCUGGCCAUGUGCCAGGAAGAAGAUGAGGGUCUAGUGCACCGCGGUGUAGCCUGUGUGCGGAACAUGACCUGCCUCGCCACGGGGGAUAUUGGCCGGCGGGCCAAGGAAGCCAUCAAGGCAAACGGAGGAGUUAAUAUACUGAGCAGUGUGCUGAAGAAGACGAAGAACCCCGCGGUACUCCAAGUCGGGGUCGAAGCCUUGAAGCCAUUGGUCGAAUAG